CGUAUGUGUUAUCAAAACGAGGCGGGAUUCCCUACUUCCGGCAGGAGAAUCACGUGGAAGUGUUUACAACUGUGAAUGAUGGAAGUGUGUAUAGAUUCAGCGGCCUCGGCCAUCAAUGCUGAAAAAGGAGGUGCCAAGAGAGUGGAGCUGUGUGGGAAUCUCAUGGAAGGAGGGACCACACCCACUGUUGGUAUGCUGAAAGUGAUCAAGAAGAACGUCCAAAUACCCGUGUUUGUGAUGAUAAGACCUCGCGGAGGUGACUUCCUGUACAGUGACCUUGAGAUGGAGGUCAUGAAGCAGGACAUCGAGGAGUUGAAGCAAGUUGGAGCUGAUGGGUUUGUGAUAGGAUUGCUGAACAAAGAUGGCACUGUAGACAGAGAAAGAUGCAGGGAGCUGAUAGCCCAGAUAAGGCCUUUACCAGUCACAUUUCACAGAGCUAUUGACAUGACCCCCGACCUCCUGUCGUCCCUGGAGGUGGUCAUUUCCCUGGGGUGUGGGCGUGUCCUCACGAGUGGGGGUGAGGCCAGUGCUUUAGACGGCGCCCCAGUCAUCAGACAGAUGGUUGACAAGGCAUCAGAUCGAAUAAUAGUUAUGCCAGGAGGGGGGAUCCACGAGCGGAACCUGGAUCGAAUACUGCAGUCAACGGGGGUGAAGGAGUUCCACUGCUCAGCUCGAGCUGCCGAGUCGUCCGCCAUGACCUUCCAGAAAGGUGGCGUGUCCAUGGGAGCCUCACUCUCACCUCCAGAGUUCAGUGUCAAGGUCACAAGUGUGUCAAAGGUUAAAAGACUGAUUGAUGUUGCUGGGGAAAUUGUGUAGACCAGGAACUUUUCUCAUAUUGACUCAGUGUUGUCAGUUACUAUGACGACUGCUCUUUACUUGUUACCUUGGAGACGGGAUCAUUUCUAUCCAUUAUAUAUAUCUUAAAAACAACAUGAAUCUGAACUUAUUCUAUACAUGAUAUUUAUAUAAACAAGCAGAUAAUAUCUCCAUGUUUGAUUCAUGUGGAGGACAACUGAAAAUAUUGAAUAAAGAUGUUUUGAUGUUCAUAUA